CAAGGUCACUUUUCUUUUCCAUUAAAAUCCAACAUAUGCAAAUCACAUGUCCAAUUACGUGUACACACAAAUAUGUCAUCAAAUUUCACAUGUCUGCGGUAGCUGUAAGAUACUUUUUGUGAGCAAUUUAUGUCGAAUUUUUUUGGAUAAAAGCUUUGCAAAAUAUCCCAGCAAAAAAGAGGGCGAGAGGCCAAUGGUUAUCCCCGCCACCGACGCUCCUGUUUCACUUGGUGCAGCGUUUGUUUUUUAUUUUUCUCUUUAUAUAGAAUUAUUCUGUGUAUUCUGCCAUUGCCUUUUUCGGGACUCCGCCUCUUCCCCGCUGUUGUCUAGAGCAAGAAAAGUAUAAGCCUUCACCUACUUAGAAAAAGGGUGAUGAUGAAUUCUUGAUGAUCACAGUCUUGUUUUUGCUGUUCAUGAAGAAUCUUGAUCUGGGCGACUGUAAAAAUGCCAUCUUUACAGCAAGCGAGUGAUGCCCAGUCUUGUUUUUGCUGUUCAUGAAGAAUCUUGAUCUGGGCCACUGUAAAAAUGUCAUCUUUACGGCAAUCGAGUGAUGUUGAUUUGGAAUCAGGCGGUGGCGGUGGUGGUCCGGCGGAAGUAGACGCCGGGAGAGGAGGUGGUGCUGCGCCUGCGCCGCCCUCUAAUGGAAAUGAGAUUGUGAAUGUGAAGGAUAAGGUUGAGAGGAGGGAUUCAAAUGUUUCAGAGUAUUCAGUGGAGAUGGUGGAUCUGGAAUCUGGUGCAGAUGAAUCUAAGCUGCAUUUGGCAAGAAAUGUGAAGGAUUGUAGGAUUUGCCACCUCAGCAUGGAUGCAACCAACCAGGAAUCUGGGAUUCCUAUUGAGCUGGGUUGCUCUUGUAAAGAUGAUUUGGCUGCCUCCCACAAACAAUGUGCAGAGGCAUGGUUCAAGAUUAAGGGAAACAAAAUCUGUGAGAUAUGUGGUUCAAUAGCACAGAACGUCGUUGGCAUAGAUGAAGCCGAGUUGAUGGAACAGUGGAACGAAACAAAUGAAGCCGAUGCUGCUUCUGCGUCUGCCACGACUCGUGCACCCCUUUUAGAGUCUCGAAACUUCUGGCAAGGUCAUCGUUUUCUAAACUUUUUGUUGGCUUGUAUGGUGUUUGCAUUCGUGAUCUCGUGGCUAUUCCACUUCAACGUACCCUCGUGAUUCAAACACGAGAGGUAGAGAGUUGAAGUAUUCGGAAAAUUGUGGGAAAUUUUUCGUUUAUUUGCUGCUAGGUUUGUGUAUAUUAUUAGUGAUGUAGUGUGGUAGAGAGGAAUGAGAUGGUUUUGUGCAAGUGUACAUUAUUUGCUCAAGCUCUCUUUACUUUCAUGUAUGAUUACAUAUUGUUGGAAAUUUGGUGCUUGGUAAAACCUUAAUGAUUUGGUUGUUAUGUAUAUUUCAUCGUGUGGCAAAUCUCGAAAGCAAGAAGAGCAUUAUCAGUCAUAUGACGCCUCGGGACAAAAGCCAACUGAGAGUUUACUAGAUUUAGUGUUUCAUAAUUUUGUACGUGUCAUUGUGCCCUAUUAGUAUAUACUAUGAUAUUUUAUAUAAAAAUAAAAUUUAUUAA